GCGCAGCGAUGGUGUUAUCGAUUUGUUGUCCGUGCAUGUAUAAUUAACACUAAUUUGUACUCGGUCUUGAAUCUGUUGGCGGGUUGUGCACUCAUUUCGUAGUUAUUCACCAUUAUUAUUUUCCCACUUGUGCGAACAUACGGGGCGGUAACAACGUGCGAUCGUGGCGAUCACCACCAAGCUCGGCUUCAACUUCAGAUCAUGGGACGAUCACGAACGAGGUCAAGAUGUAGGUCACCGACUCGAAGGAGUAAGAAGGACGAUUUGCGACGUGCGAGAUCUCCUGCUCGUAGAACUGAUCGUUCGCCGGACAGAUCCAAUGAUGAGAAAUUACGGAGAUGUGAGAAGCGUAGAUUGAGGUCUUCUUCUACCUCUAGUAGGCGACAAAGACACAACUUAUCUAGCGAUAGAGGGAGAAAUGACUGGCAAGACGAUCGCCGAAGCGAGUUCGCAUUGAACAAACCGGCACCAGGAAAUAGAGUCUGGUUCACUGUUGACUUGAGCGACGAAAUGUACGCCUUGCGCCGCGAGCUCUACCGUCUGAGGAAGAGAGUGGAUAAGCUCUCGGACGAGUUCCGAGCACAAGCUACGAAGAAACCGGCUGGCGCGAUCACCGCUGACAUGCUGAAGCAGGCAGUUGACAAAGCGGUGCUGGGGGCGAUGUCUGAAUCCGGGAAGAAGAUCGAUGUGGGAAGGGACCAAUCGAAGCGCAUCGCGAAAGCUAAGACCGAUGAAGCAGCUAGGAUGGCAACUCUUAAGAGGCAACUCGAAGAUAUGAAGGAGCUUCGAUAUGAUCUGGCCAAUCUCCAAGGACAGAUCAACGCUUACAAGUCUCCCCUCACAAAACCAUUCACCUCUCUGAAGCCGAGAGCUCCAUUGAACAAGACUCCGAAGAAGACACCUAACGCCAUCGGUGCCGGUCCAAGUGGUGUGAAGAAGCCAGUGGUCUAGAAAGGCGGGCGUCCUAAUGGAGUUCGUCUCUCAGCAAGGUGGCGGAUACUUGAAGGUAGAUAGUUAUCCGAAAG